GCCUGGGGGAAGGCUCCUUCCAUGGUCUAAUCUCUCUUUCCCUCUGCUGGCUGCCCUCCUCCCAGAGGGAGCAUCUUCUCCGGAAGGCGUUUCUAUGGCUACUGCGGUGGCUGCAGGCUGCUUAUCGAUCAGGCUCUGCAGAAAGGAAUUCCAUCCCAGGGUUUUUAAAGGGAACUGAGCCUUUGUGAUCCUCUGAACGCCACCGUUUGAGAACUGAUCCCAGGCCAGGAGGCAGCACGAUGAGUCCCUGAGCAGAAGGGCAGGCCCUAAAGGCAGGGUUUGACAGAGGAGAGACUCACAAGACCUCGGAGCCCCCUCCGCGGUCUGCCUGUACCUCAAACCCCGACAAGAGGUCAAAGACUGCGCUUGAAGGCCUGGGGGGGGUGACCCCUCUGUCCAUUUGCCUCCAGUAUUGGCUGCCUUACUACUGCUCCGGAGCAUCCCGUCCAGGCCCUUCUCCUGAUUCCCCAGAAAUCGCAGAACCAGGGGGUUGGGCUGGCUGACCCUGAGACGCAGAGAAGGCCCAGGGUUGUGCCUUUAGAUCUGCCCACCUUCAUCCCUCCCACUUAAUUCCCCUCCGUAAUCUCUAGUCCGAGAGCUCCCGGCGGACUUUCUGAUCCCGGAGAGCAGAACUGUGAUUUAGCCUUUCCCCGCUUUUCCAGCCCGACCCAAAGGAGGGUAGGAACGCCUUGGGGAGGUUGGGGGGAGGGGUCGGUGCCAGGGGCUGCCGGGGUAGCACCAAGAGCCAAGAGCAGCCUGGAACCGCGCCGCCCCUCCCCCAAUUCCAGGGCAGGGGAGACCCGCCAGGGCCCGCUCCCCAAAAGCCGCCAACAAGUGCAUGCGAAGGGACACUCCCGCAGCCCCGCACCAGGAGACACGUGCUCCCUAGAGCCAGGGCUGUGGGCGGGGUUCAGGGCCGGCCCAGCCCCCUGCCCCUCAGUCGCUCGCUCGCUGAGAGGAGGGGGGCUGCGGCGCCGCGCGGGCACGCGGGCGGGAGGAUCUCUUGCGCUUGCGCACUGGCUCCGCUGCGGGCUUGGAGCGGCCGCCGCCCACCUCCUCCCGCCGGUCCGGGGCUGCAGUGCGCCUGCGUAUCCCGUCAGGCGCGCGACCGAGCUCUACGCCCCUCCCCCACUCCCUCUCCACCGGGCCGCCAGUCAGUGGCUCAGUCGCUCGUCGUCCGCCCUCAGAGCCGGAGCCACCGCCUCUGCUGCCGUUCACCUCUCGCAGUUCCAGCCCUUAUUCUCCUCGCCUCGCCUCUGCCCUUUCCGCCUCCCGUUGGCGAGGCCAUGGCGGAGCCAUCGGCAGCCACCCAGUCCCCGUCCGUCUCGUCCUCGUCGUCCGGGGCCGAUGCCUCUGGGGCCGCUGCGGGCAGCGGGGGAAGCCCUGGGGCCUGUCCAGGCCUAGGGGGCAAAAGCUGCGCCUCGUCUUGUGCGGAUUCCUUUGUUUCUUCCUCUCAGCCUGUAUCUCUAUUUUCGACCUCACAAGUUCUCAACACUGACAUGAUACUACGUGAAGAAAAACAUCAAGUAUUAGACAUCCAGCCUGCUUUGUCAAAAGAAGGAAAAGACAAUUUUGCUGGUGCUGCUAAUAAAAAGAUGGAGAGACUUAAUGGGACCAAUGGAGAUUCUGCAACGGAAGCUCCACCUGGUGGCACAGAAGCAGACGUACACGGUGAUCGUCCAUGUAUUCCAACCAGUUUUCCUGAACAGCCUGCCUUUCUUACAAAGGAAAUGAAGGACCAAGAACUAAGGAACCAAAGUGAGGUGGCUGCUUCAGAGGCUGAUGCCAAGUUCACUUUGCUAAAAGGUCAGCAGCCGCACACCCAGCAGUCUGAGGCAGAAGGCAUCAGUAACCACUCUUUGUCUCCUUCUGAAGUUUCUGCUGUUGUCAGUGUUGAAAAAGAGUCUCCCGAAUCCCCAUUUGAAGUCAUCAUUGACAAAGCAACGUUUGACCAGGAGUUUAAAGACUCCUAUAGGGAGAGCACUAGUGAACCUGGUAGCUGGGCAAUGCAUACUGACCAAGAGAGAACUACUGGGAACUCACAGGACAGUAACAGAAUAUUCUCACUGAGAAACCAGGAGCAAAGACAUCCAGCCUCCGCCUUGCUCACCCGACAGUUUUCACGAACUACUGCAGCCCUAGAAGAGGUAUCUCGGUGUGUAAGUGACAUGCAUAACUUCACCAAUGAAGUACUGACUUGGGAUUUAGCUUCCCAACUAAAACAACCAGAAAAAUCUUCUGAAAACCUUGCUCAAGCUUCAAGGUUAGAUGGAAAUGAAUAUGCUUCAGAAACUUCAGCCUUACAUCCUAAAAUAUGUCCUCAUCAGAACAUUCAGAAAAUCCCUGUACAUUCCAUUCAUGGGAGCAAGCCCAGCACUGAAUCAGGAGUAUCCCUCUAUGAAAAAGUUUCACCUGACAGCAUUGACUCUGCACAGAAAGUCAGCUUGGAAGGUAUGGCAAAGAGUGUGCCUAAAGGAGGCGGCACCCUCAUCAGAUUACCUGAAUCUCGAGGUGGAAAAUGUGCAUCACCGGGCCUUGAAGAGAUUACUGAAAAGGUACUUUUACCUGAUGACUCUCUGAAGGUUGAUCUAAAUGGGGAGACUUCUUUCCUAGCAGAAAUGAUGGAAGCGGAUAGUUCUGGUGAAUCCGAUGACACUGUUAUUGAAGAUAUUACUGCAGACAUUUCAUUUGAAAGUGAUAAAAGAGAAUCUGAGAAGCUUUUAUGCGAAGCUGCUGCUGCUGGUGGUGGUGUCAAAAUUCAGGCAGAGAAACUUGUUUUUGUUCCAAAUCCUAUAAUAGAAGCAGAUGAAAGGGAAAUCAAGGAUACAUACAGUCAGGAUGUCAGCAGUAAGACACAUAACAAUUGCAGAGAGUCUGUUGAUGACUUUGAAACCUUACAGGCUCAGUCAGAUAUUCUUGGAGAAAGUCCAGUUAGUGAAAUUUCAUGUCCAAAGAUAAUCGCCAUUGAUUCUUCAACAAAAUAUGUGAAGCCAUUGGACAACUUGGAUGAAAUUCUUCCCCUAAAAUCUUUUAAAACUGAGCAGCCCAGGCUUUCUCCAGAAGAAUCUUCAAGAAUGUUAAGAGAAGACUCCUUGAGAGAGAAUAAAAGUGAUGACUCUCCAGAAGACCUUAUAACCACACUUUCAGAAAUCCAAACAAAGAAAGCAUUAGCUGAAGUAAAUGCCUUUGAAGCAACAGCAGAAGAGGACACAAAUUUGAAAACAACUUUUCCUAUAAGAGUUUUAUAUGGAGUUGAAGAUGCUGGCCACAAAUGCACUGUACCAAACAAAAGCACCAAUGGCAAUCAACUCCAGAAUACUUUUUCCAGUCAAGGUGCUCCAGUAGCAUCUUUAGAUUUAGAACAGGAGCAGCUUACCAUUAGGGCCCUUAAAGAAUUAGGUGGGAAACUAGAUGACAGGAUAAAGACUUCACAAGAGGAUGUAAAAGCUCCCAUAGAAAAAAAACCCAUACGAACCUCCACAGAGACUGUCACUUCAACAUUUGCUCCAGAAUCACCUUGGCCAGAGAAAUCACAUGAUAUCCUGAGGGAGAGAGAUGUCAAGACUGCCUCUGACCUUGACUUUGGUAUUACACAAGGACCUACUGGAGUAGGAAUGAUAUCCAGCCUUCUUAGCAAGACUGAACAGGUUAAUGAGCAUUUCCUAACAAGACUUCUGACUGACUUCUCAGUGCAUGAUCUCAUCUUCUGGCGGGAUGUCAAGAAGACUGGCCUUGUCUUUGGCACCACAUUGAUCAUGCUGCUCUCCCUAGCAGCUUUCAGUGUCAUCAGUGUGGCUUCUUACCUCAUCUUGGCCCUUCUCUCUGUCACUAUCUCCUUCAGAAUCUACAAGUCUGUCAUCCAAGCUGUACAGAAGUCAGAAGAAGGCCACCCAUUCAAAGCCUACCUGGAUGUGGACAUUGCUUUGUCCUCAGAAGCUUUCCAUAAUUAUGUGAAUGCUGCUAUGGUGCAUGUCAAUAAGGCUCUCAAACUCAUCAUCCGACUCUUUCUGGUGGAAGAUCUGGUGGAUUCCUUAAAGCUGGCUGUCUUCAUGUGGCUGAUGACCUACGUGGGUGCUGUUUUCAAUGGAAUCACCCUUCUGAUUCUUGCUGAACUGCUGGUCUUCAGUGUUCCAAUUGUCUAUGAAAAGUAUAAGACACAGAUUGACCAUUAUGUUGGCAUUGCUCGUGAUCAGACCAAGGCAGUUGUUGCAAAGAUCCAAGCAAAACUUCCUGGCAUCGCAAAGAAAAAGGCAGAAUAACAGCUCAGAAACUGGAAAUCCAACAGUUACUAAAACACCAUUUAAUAGUUAUAACCAUUGUUACUUGUACCUAUGGAGGAGUAUGCUCAUUGUCAGCUUGAGCCUGUAUUCCAAGGUUUCUUUAAUUUGGUAUUUCCCCUUCCCUCCUCCUUGUCCUCAGUAUCAAGCACAAGAACAUUCGGGACUAAAAAGAACUGAUGUCUUAGAACCCACAAGCGUAAAAGACAGACUCGCCUGUAUAGGAUAAAUCCACAUCUUGUGGGGGAGGAGGGGGCGCUUUUGCCUCCAGCUAGAACCACGGGGUGAUGAAAGAUUGAAAGGAAAGGGUGGAAUUCGGAAGGAAGAUCCCAGCUAGCUCAUUUCCACUUAUUGGCCUUUACCAAUCAAUCUCUCAUCAUCAGCUUAUCUCUUUUUAAUUUAAAGCAGAACAGUUUAUUUGGGACAAAUUCUUUUGGGGCAAGAGUCUGGGUGUGAAGGGGCUUUGAGGAAUCUUCCCAUCUUCUGGGCCUUGUUGUCUCUCUGACCCUUUACUGCCCCACUGUGUGAAAGGCUGACAUGACAGACGGUCCCUGCUCUCGGUGGGCCAUCUUCUGCCCGGAGUAGGGCCUUAUGAGAGGCAUCGCUUUUGGUUCCAUUUAAUAACUUCGAAAGAGUCGUGAUCUUCCUUCUGUCCAGUAAGUUACUGUUGGUCCAAGACAAUGGGGACUAGAAGGAAAACCCAGAGAAGGGAUGAGAUCCGCUUGCCACUCUUCUUCAAAUGAUUAAGACGCGACCGUUUGGAGAAGUGGAUAGUAUUCCUUUAUGACACCAGUUCUGAGCUUUAGUCUUGUGACUCAUUCCUGUAAUGUGCUUUCCUCCCUCUCCCCCGCCUCACUUCAAGUUUAAUAAGGUUGUACUUUUCAUAUUAUGAAAUAAAAAAGUCUGUAACUGCUGUACACUGCUGUAAACUUGUUAGAGAAAAAUAAUCUGCAUGUGGCCUCCUCCGUUGUUGUAAUUCUAUCUCAGUCCAGGGUGGGGGGAACAUUUCUAAGAGGAACUUCUAGCUCCCUUCUUUUCCCGUGUCUGUUAUUUCUCUGUUGGGUCGUCCUGGGCGGAUUGUCAUCGUCUUGGCCUGAAGGCGCAGCUUCCCUGAGCUGUGCUGGGGAGACAGACCCCAAAACAGGGGCUUUUGCUUAGGAGCAUGGGCUUGGGAGGAGGAAAUAGCUUGCUUUUUGGGGUUGUUUUGUUUAAAUCAAGCGAAAUGCAGAUGAUCUUCUAGAAGUACAUUUUGUGGUUUACAUGGAGUCUGACCUUGUUUUGAGGGUAGCUUUGCAUUUUGGAGGUGUUGGUACUUUAUUGGAAGAUUUUCCUCGUUCUUAUGGAGGGAGGUGGAGAGAAGCGUCUUUCCACAGUGGCCCUCCCGACAUGGCGAUGAAGCGGUUCCUAGCCAGGCCUCAAGGCCCUGGCUUCCUGCGGGAGGACCGACGGUGCAGAGCAGCAAGGGAGACCGGCCGAUGGGAGGAUAAAGGCAUUUUGGUCCGAGCUCCAAGUGACUUUCUUUCCCCCCUUCUAAUAUUGUCUUCUGAGAGUAGAUUAUUUAGGCACUCGUGGCUUCCGGUAAUGCAUUUGCUGCUGCCGAGUGUCCACGAGAGUGAGUGAGCAGUGAAUGGAAAAUCUGGACGAAGCGCACCGUGUUUUCUAGGCCCGCAGCGGCAGCUCGGUAGCAAGAAGCAGAACGAGCUGUCGGCUUGGAUGUCAGAUGGUUAGGAGAAAGACUGGCCGGGGAACUCCAAGGCAUCCCUGUCCUUCCCGGUUCUCCCUUCCUCUGCUCUCAUUCCUCUUCCGUCUGUUGUAUGGAAUGUGUCCGCUGAUGGUCACCGGGCUCCCCCCUCCCUCCUGUCGGUUUUCUUAUUACUGCUGUGUUUUGAUCAUUGACACACCUUUGUGCCAGGCAGGUUUGUUGUGGAUUUUUUUUAAGGAAAAAAAUGCCUCGCGAAGCCGUGUGUGCGUGUGUGCGUGCAUCCUCAAACAGUAGCCGCCCUCCCAGGAGCCCAGAGAAUCGGGUCCUGUCAAACUGCAAAUGGAUGUGGUAUUAAUAAAAAGAUCCCAAUGUCUGUGA